AUUGGAUAUUUGUCUUCACCGUCAAGCAUUCUCGUGGCGGCGCUGUUAUUGUGUAUCGUCGUUUGGACUAUCGAAACAUACUUUCCUGCGCCACAAAUGUACAUUACGACUGUAUAAAUCUCCGCGUAGAGAAAAUAGACUCAGUUGAUACAGCCAUAUAUCUUGCCACAGCCUUGGUACUACAGCUAGUCUAGGUCCUUCGUGACCUUGGUUGCUUCGAUACGCCUGCAGCUGUGAUCAUGGACAUGUAUACGCAAGCUGACUCUAUUGACUUGGAGCAAUUGCCGUUUGAGUCCACUCCUCAACAAAGACGGCCGAGGUACUAUGCAGUAGCUAUUGGACGCAGUACCGGCGUUUUCACGAGCUACGAUGCUGCAGCCCCGCUUGUUUCCGGCCACCCCUAUGGUAGACUGAAAAAGUUUCUGACCAACGAUGAGGCCCAGGCGUAUGUUGAAAAGUACAGGCAUCGGCAAAGCGGACAACCAGAAGGGGCAGCUGAUACCCUCAAUCCACCCGGUCACCAGGAAUAUCGGCAUGUCGUUAAUUCGUCAUAUCCUCAGUGGGGAACAACUGACCACGCCGUAAAUCAGCCUUUGCAGCCACAUCACGAGCCGUUCUUAACACAAACUGUGCAGCCAGCCCCAAAUCCCGGCUUGCUCACACUGCCCACGAAUCCGGCUAACGUAUCCGUGGACUCCGGCCCUCCACUUGUACCCGAGCAACAACGCGUUGUAGACUUGAUCCUCGCGGGGCGCAACGUCUUUUAUACUGGCUCUGCAGGAUGUGGUAAAAGUACGGUUCUUAAGUCAGCCGUCAGGCAGCUCCAACAACGUGGGAAGAGAGUCAAGAUCGUCGCACCCACGAACCUGGCUGCACUGAAUGUGGGAGGGACCACGACUUGGUCCUACGCAGGCUGGACUGUACAAAGUAUGAAAAGAGACAUCGAAAAACUCAUGCAAUCCGCUUUGGGCGACAAAAGUUGGAAGAGGUUCGAUGAAACUGAUGUUUUGAUCAUCGACGAGAUCAGCAUGAUCGAGAACCUCUUCUUCGAGCGUUUGAACAUGGUCAUCAAGGCUUCUCGAGGAGAGAAGUAUGGCGCGGGUCCGUUUGGAGGAAUGCAGCUCAUUGUUACCGGUGAUUUCUAUCAACUAUCACCUGUGAAGCCGUUUAAUCACUGUUUGUGUGGAUGGGAGCUCCAGAAAGACGGUUACAAACCACCGCGAGAAUACAAAUGCGAGAAUCGGAAUUGUCGCGAGGACGCCUUCCUCGAUGUCGACAAAUGGGCUUUUCGGAGCAACGCCUGGGAAGAAUGCAAGUUUGAGCAUAUGAACUUGACGCAGAUCCAUCGACAAAAUGACUUCAAGUUCAAGUUCAUACUCAACUUCAUAAGAACAGAGGGGCGUAUUCAACAGCAACACGCCAAGAUCCUCAUGAAUCAUGCCUCAGAUACUGAAGGCGCUAUCAUGCUGUCAUCUCUGAAAAAUGACGUUGAGAAAGUCAACAGACAGAACCUCGAUAAAAUCCCCUCGGAGGCACGUUGGUACAAAUGUCUUGACACUUUCCAGUGGUCCGAUGCAAAUCGUAGUGAUAAAGCUCUAGAGAAGAAUGAGGAUCGACUGGAGGAUGAUAGCCUGAAUGCUCUGAAAGAUUCGCGCUACGAAACGAACUUGCAGCUCAAGCAAGGCCAGCGAGUUGUGUUGUUGGCCAAUAUCGACCUUGCGGCUGGCCUGGUCAACGGCGCUCAGGGUACAAUCAUUGAAUUCAAGCCUUACGAUGAGAAAGACCUACCGAAGGCGCCUGCUAAGAGAGGCGAAGACGGGGAGCUAAGGGGUGAUCAUGCUGCAUAUCGUGAAGGCCAGAUCAAAGGUUUUGGCAGAUCAAACAAUCGCCAGGCCUGGCCAGUCGUCAAGUUCCUGAAUGGCGUUACAAGGACUAUCUUCCCGGAGUGUAUGCCCAACGAGCUCGGUACUGAACAACCAUACUGUUUGCUUUCAAGGACACAAAUACCGCUCACUGCGGGCUAUGCAAUCACCAUUCACAAGUCUCAGGGUAUGACGCUUGAACGCGUUACUGUCGAUCUGGCGCGGGCAUUCGAGCCAAGUCAAAUCUACGUUGCUCUAAGCCGAGCGAAGUCCCUACAGGGCUUAACGGUCACAUCUCUUCCGAGGCAUCUCAAUCUGGGCGGCGCCAAUGAACAGGUCAAGGAGUUCAUGCAGACUCGAUUUCCGAAACAGCCAGUCACAGCCGGCUGACCUUUAUCUGUACACCUCUACAAGCGGGCUUCCCGUAGCUUCCAUUUUUGUGAAUGACUUCUUGGACGGAGUCCUACCCAUGGACUGGCUCAGAUGCUGUAGUGUCCUUGUAUCUCAUUAAUACCCUGCAUUACCUUGUAGACCGGGACAUUACUACCUACAUCAUGAGACACAAAUCCCGCCUUUACCACACCACAACAUCCGCCUCUCAAGGGACGAUAUGCACAUAUCGGCACUCCUCUUUCCCAAUAUGGCUAGUUACUGCUUACAACGCAGGCACUGCUUACGCAGCUUCCCUCCACAUCCGAUACGGUUCAAUACCCAAGUGAAGAGACUGAAGUGGGGUGUUGGACCGCCAGGUGCUGCACCGCGGAUGACAGGAUGAGACGUCUUGACAAUUGUUUGAUGGAGGAUCAAGGCUUGCUACACAAUCCUCGAUA